AUGAUAUUAUUAUCAUUGGCAACAACUCAUCUAUCAUCCGCAAAUCCACCUGCAAACUUAAUUCUAAGUUUGCCUCUAAGGAUUUGGGUCCUCUUAGCUACUUCCUUGGCCUUGAAGCUUCGACAACAACAUAUGGAUCCUCCGUUCUUGAAUCCCACUCUUUACAUAUCUCUAGUUGGCGUCCUUCAAUACUUGACUAUUACGCGCCCCCAUAUUGCUCAUCCUAUCAACUUUGUCGACCAAUUUCUACACGCUCCAACAACAUACCAUUUUUUUGUAAUUAAGCGUAUUCUUCGCUAUAUUGAAGGCCUUCAUUUUGGCCUUAUCUUCCGCUCCUCCACUAUUCCUAGUGCUCUCAUUGCUUGCUUCGAUGCGGAUUGGGCAAGAUGCCUUGAUACUCGGUAG